CUUCACCUCCGAUCGUCCUAUCUCGCAGUUCUCACACCUUCGACCGAUUAGACUCCGAAUAGUGCGCAACAUUGAACAAGAUGGCGGAUCCGCAAGAGCUGAUGGACGUCGACAUCGACCUCGACCUCUCCAUCGAUCCCUCCAUCGAACAACUCGCGUUCGAAGAAUCCACCGAAUCUCCUCUCCCCAGCCAUCCUCAGCCGACUCAUGCGACCUCGACCUCAAUCUUGCCGUCCGCUGAGUCUCUCACACCGUCUCCUCUGAAAAUCCACCUACGCGGCCUAGACGACCUUUCCACCGAAGACAUCCAUGCCUACGCCGACCAGUAUCUCCCGGCGAAGUUCCUCUACAAGGUUGAAUGGCUGAACGACACCUCCACCAAUCUCGUGUUCCUCGCCGAAGAGGACGCCCGUGCGGCCCUCGAGGCGCUCACCCACCAUUCCAUCGACCCACACAGCUUCGACGCCGCGCAGUUGCGCCCCGCCCGGAUCCUCUCCAAGCGCCCGGACGCGGAGCUCACGAUCCGCCAAGCUAACUCGGGCGACGUCAAGAAGCGGCGUGCGCACGAGCUGAGCAGAUACUACCUCCUGCACCCGGAGAAGGACCCGAGAAACCAACCCCGACAGCGGCGAAGCCGAAGUCCCGCUACGGGGCUUCUGUACGAUACGCCGCGUUCCAAGAAGCGAUCGCGCGACGAGGACCCGCCAAUGCCCGACGACAUCAUCGCUCGCUUGAAUACGGGCGUCGAGCUCUUUCCCGAGAAGGUUUCGGAGCCGUCGUUGAAGCGUCCGCGCUCGCGAAACCCAUCACGACCGCCUCCGACCAAUCACCGACGCUCAGACGCCGUCGACGAGACGGGCCAGAGCUCCGACGGCCCGCCCAUCAGCCCGGAGCAUCGGGCUGCGGUCAAGACCAUCCGGAAAACCUUGGAAGAACGCGUUGCUGCCGACCAGCGGGUGGACGAUUAUCAGAUCCGUGGGCAGGGUGAGAUCAGUGUCAAAGGUCAGGCCGGGACCAGCGCCAAAGGCCAAGGGGAAGUGAGCUUCAAAGGUGCCGCGAAACGAGACAGAGACACCCCGGCAGUGGAGCUCUUUCCGCAGAAGAGCAAGAAUGCUGGGCGAGAAUUGUUCCCGGGAUCGAUGGAUACGAGGUCGCGGAGGAAAACCGCGCAAGAUAUGUGGUGAAUCACUGGCGCUGCCCGCAAAGAAUAGAUGGAGUUUUCUUACCACGCACUCACUGGCCUCUAUCAUGGCACGUCACCUAUACCGCGGCUUUCAUGCGUCUACCGACUCCUGGAAGAUCUCGCAGAAGACGCUAGGGUCCUUUCUUUUUCUACGGCCCU